AUGGUGUGGAGGGUUGCGUCUUCCCAUCCGUCUCUUUGGGUCCGCUGGAUCAAAAUUAAAGUUCACUCAUUGGAAAUGCUUCGUUUUGGUCAAUUUCAGGAGACACGACCAAAAGGUUCAUGGGUCUGGCGUAAGCUCCUUAAAUACAGCAGAGACAUAGCAAAAAGGUUUUACAAAGUGGAGAUCAAUAAUGGGCGGCACACUUAUUUCUGGUUUGAUAAUUGGUCACCGAUAGGCCCUCUGUUCAGCGUUACAGGACCUCGUGGAUUCAUCGAUAUGGGCAUAACGGCUCAUGCAACAGUUGCAGACGCCCUUUCCCGUACACGCCGACGGAAUCACAGAGCAGACCACUUGCGAAGGAUAGAAUAUGUGUUAAUGGCUCUGCGAGGUAGACCUUCAACUGCGGACGACAUACCUCUCUGGAAGCACUCAGACGACACUUACAAGGCGUGUUUUAACUCCAAAAAGACAUGGUUGCAGUUAAAAGAGGCUGGACCUGCAACAGAGUGGCAUAAAGGAGUAUGGUUUACUCAUCAAACACCAAACUUCUCUUUCUGCGCUUGGCUAUCGAUGCAUAAUCGGCUCUCCACCGGAGAUAGAAUGCAAACUUGGAAUGUGGGAGUGAAUCCAUCGUGCGUCUUAUGUCAACAUCCGCUGGAAACACGGUGUCAUCUCUUCUUUGAAUGCUCUUACUCUGCUACAGUUUGGAAAGCGUUGAUGCAGGGCCUCCUUAAAAGACAACACUCCACCAAUUGGCAACACAUCGUUUCGCUCAUCUCUGAUACAAAUCAGCCACGACUCCUUCUCUUCCUUACUCGGUAUGGGUUUCAAGCCACUAUACACAGUUUAUGGAAAGAACGGAACUCGCGCCGUCACGGAGAGCAGCCACGCUCCUCACUCCUCAGCCAUCCUCAUCGAACUCAUUGA